AUGCUGUUCGUGGCGCUCCUGCACCUGGCGACGCCGCUCGAGCCACCACAAGUGCCGCGUCUCAACCUCUACCCGCCCCGCCGAGUUGCGCUGCUCGUGGAGCCCACACCAUUCACGCACAUCAGCGGCUACUCCAAUCGCUUCAAGGAGAUGCUCCGCUUCCUGGUCGCUGCUGGCGACGAGGUGCACAGGCUGGUGGUGCGCUGCUUGCGCUGGCUCGCGGUGAAGCUGGCAGACGCGCUGCUGCCCCGGCUGCUCAACUGCGCCGACCUCACGCUCGCCACGAGCCCGCAGCUGCAGCAGCAGCUGCGCGCGCUCGGCUGCAGGCGCGUCGAGGGUGGGCGCGUCGAGGUGUGGCGCAAGGGCGUCGACACGCUCACUUUCUCGCCCGCCUUCAACGUCUCCAACGCCCACGCCCGGCACGCGCUGACGGGCGGGCAGCCGCACCGGCCGCCGCUGCUGUCGCUGGACUCGCCGCUGCUGCUGUACGUCGGGCGGCUCGGCGCGGAGAAGCGCGUCGAGCUGCUGCGGCCAGGCUGUCUCGGCUCUUUGGCCAGCGAAGGCGUUCUGCAGGGCGAGGACCUCUCGCGCGCGUACGCGGCGGCGGACGUCUUUGUGAGUGCCCGCCGAGUCGCCGGGCGACAGCCGCGUGACACGAUUGCGGAGACGCGGGCCGCGCACACACGCAAGCUGUGGGCAGGCGGGCUGUCGAGCCUGGUGGCGGACGGCGAGACGGGGCUGCUGUUCACGCUCAGCUGCGAGACGGGUCUGCUCUUCACGCCGGGCGACGGGGCCGACCUGGCGGCGAAGAUCGACGAUCCGCGGCUGCGGUGGGAGAUGGGCCGAGCGGCGUGCGCCGAGGCGCGGCAGCGCGGCGCGAGGCGGUGGAGCUGGGAGGCGGCCACGUCGGUGCUGCGCAACGAGCAGUACGCGCUGGCGGAGAGCCGCUUCCGGGAGCGGCAGCGGUGGGUCGAGGCGAAGCUGGAGGCGUGGCGGAGUCCGCUGACGCGACUGCGGAAGCGCCGCCCCCACCGGACGCGACCGAGCGUGGCCGCGUUUGCGUGA